ACGAACAUUGAGGCCGCUUUUUCUCGAUGGCUCGCCUUAUCAGCAGCCACCUGAAAACGAGCGGCCCUACUUGGUUUUUGGGUAGGAUCGGCUUAUCCAUCGAACUCCCUCAUAAAUCAUUCAAAACCGAAUUUAAAGCUAGAAAAAAGGAAGCCGAUUUGCAGGAGAAGGUUGACUCUUGGGGAUUGAAGAUCCAUACCACCGUCUCCAAAGAGAAGAUGGCGAAGCCGGUCUCGGUAGAAGUGUGGAAUCCCAGUGGCAAGUACAGAAUAGUAAGCACGAAGUCCAUGCCUGGUACCCGUUGGAUUCAACUGCUGACAAACCAGGAUUGCAGAGUUGAGAUCUGCACAGAGAAGAAGACCAUCUUGUCCGUUGAAGAGAUACUCGCACUGAUCGGUGAUAAAUGCGAUGGAGUUAUUGGGCAGCUGACAGAGGAUUGGGGAGAAACACUUUUCUCUGCACUAAAGCGAGCAGGUGGAAAAGCUUACAGUAAUAUGGCUGUUGGAUAUAACAAUGUGGAUGUAAAUGCUGCCACUAAGAAUGGGAUUCCAGUGGGAAACACCCCCGGGGUUCUUACGGAGACAACAGCAGAGUUAGCAGCUUCCUUGUCGCUUGCAGCUGCUAGGAGGAUAGUUGAGGCUGACCACUUUAUGAGGGCUGGUCUAUAUGAUGGAUGGCUACCUCAUCUGUUUGUGGGUAACUUGCUUAAAGGGCAAACAGUUGGAGUGAUUGGAGCCGGGCGCAUCGGCUCUGCAUAUGCGCGGAUGAUGGUUGAAGGAUUUAAGAUGAACUUGAUAUACUAUGAUCUAUACCAGGCCACUAGACUAGAGAAGUUUGUAACAGCUUAUGCGGAAUUUCUCAAGGCCAAUGGGGAACAGCCGGUUACAUGGAAAAGAGCGUCCACUAUGGAUGAAGUUCUCAAGGAAGCUGACGUUAUAAGUCUACAUCCUAUCUUGGACAAGACUACUUACCAUCUGAUCAACAAGGAGAGCCUUUCAACCAUGAAGAAGGAUGCCAUUCUUGUUAAUGCAAGCAGAGGUCCUGUCAUUGAUGAAGCUGCUCUUGUGGAGCAUUUGAAGGCCAAUCCUAUGUUUCGAGUUGGCCUGGACGUCUUUGAGGACGAGCCCCACAUGAAACCAGGCCUUGCUGAACUAAAAAAUGCAAUUGUUGUCCCUCAUAUAGCAUCUGCUUCCAAGUGGACUCGGGAGGGAAUGGCGACACUUGCAGCUCUCAAUGUAUUGGGGAAUAUCAAAGGUUACCCAGUUUGGCCAAAUUCAAAUCUAGUGGAACCUUUCUUGGAUGAAAAUUCUUCCCCACCGGCCGUUUGUCCUAGCAUUAUCAAUGCAAAAGAGCUGGGCUUGGAAAUGGCAAAAGUUUAAUGACCCUUGCCCUGUGAAUAAUAUUUAUGACCCGAGGAGCUUACUGCAGAGCAGCUCAUGGAGUUUUCGUGAAGUACGUAAUUGACAAGAGAAGAUGAGACAUCAGUCUUGUCUUUGAGUGCAGCCUACAUGAUAUGCAAAGUUGUUGGGUCUCCUGUUAAUGCUUUUUCCUUUUACUGUCACUGACUUCAGAAUGUCUGUCGCAAAACAUUUACUGAGGAAGUGAAAUAAUUGGCUUCUGCCUUAGGAAGCAAUGAGUUGCACAAACGCCUUCAUUUUUGGGCCAAUGCUUUAUAACAGAUUGGGAAAGAGGGACCAGAAAACCUUGUUCUUACGUCUCUCAAUCUAAUGAUAUACUAGAGUUUGAGAUUUGUGGAUGAA